UGUCUUCGAGAAGGUUUCCAGACGAGGACAAGUAGAUCCACCAAAUCAAGGUAUGAAGCUGUGUGUGUUUCGAAAAAUUGUUCUUGGUUACUAAGAGCAAAAGCAAUUAAAAAUUCUGAUGGACUUUUCCAAGUGAAUAAAUUUGUUGAUGUACACACAUGUUCUUCAACAUUGUUGCAACCUAAUCAUCGACAAGCAAACAAAUAUGUUUUGGGUGAAUAUGUUGCUGAUGUUUUGGCUGAAGACUAUAGUAGAGUUUAUCGGGGAAAAGAAAUUGUUAAUGAUAUGAAUGCUCAAUUGAAUAUCAAUAUCUCAUACCAUCAGGCAUGGCGUGCGAAGCAAUAUGCAUUGUUGUCGUUAAGGGGUACGAAAGAGGAUUCUUUUACCAAACUUCCGGCGUAUUGUCACAACUUGGCCAAACAUAAUCCGGGUACUGUCACACAUAUUAAAACAGAUGCUGAUGAUCGCUUUGAGUUUUUGUACGUCGCACUCGGUUGCUCGGUACGAGCUUUUGUCAAUUUUUGUAAGCCGACCCUAGUAGUAGAUGGAGCUCACCUAAAGGGCGAGUUCAAAGGUACCAUGCUACUUGCAGUUACUAAGGACGGACAAAACCAAAUAUUACCGGUUGCAUAUGGUAUAUGCAAAAAUGAGUGUACCGAUUCUUGGACAUGGUUUUUUCAAAAACUACAUGAUUGCAUAGGAAAUAUGCAGGAGCUUACAAUUAUAUCUGAUAGGUCUCCAUCUAUAGCAACAUCCGUUGCCAACAUUUUUCCUCACGCUCAUCAUGGAAUAUGUGGUGUCCAUUUGUAUUUCAACAUAGUAUCUAGAUUCGGCAAGAGUAAGACGGUUAAAGGAAUUUUUUGGGAGGCGUGUAGGGCGUACACAGUUGAUGCUUUUGAUGCUGCCAUGGAUGUUAUGAAAAAGACAAAAGAACCAGUAUGGGAGUACUUAAAAAGUAUAAAUCCAGAAACCUGGUCAAGGGCACAUUUUAAAGGGAACCGAUACAAUCUUAUGUCGUCCAACAGUGCGGAGUCUAUAAAUGCAUUAUCUAGACACGCACGUAAGGUGCCAAUACUUAUGUUGAUUGAUUUUUUUCGUGCUACAAUGCAACAAUGGUGGUUUCAAAGACGUAACUUUGCAGGUAUUAAGUAAAUUUGUAAUAUUAAU